UCAAAUUUGAAUGUGAAGGGCCAAUGCACUGUCAGACUGAGGCAGAGAACCAUCAUUAAUUGAAGCAAGAUUUUUCUGGCCUGAGACUUUCAGGGAGCCAAGAAAGACACUCUGGACACGGCUAUGGACAGCCUCUUGAUGAACCGGAGGAAGUUUCUUUACCACUUCAAAAAUGUCCGCUGGGCUAAGGGUCGGCAUGAGACCUACCUGUGCUAUGUAGUGAAGAGGCGGGACAGUGCUACUUCCUUUUCACUGGACUUUGGUCAUCUUCGCAAUAAGUCCGGCUGCCACGUGGAAUUGCUCUUCCUCCGCUACAUCUCGGACUGGGACCUAGACCCUGGCAGGUGCUACCGCGUCACCUGGUUCACCUCCUGGAGCCCCUGCUACGACUGUGCCCGACAUGUGGCCGACUUUCUGCGAGGGAACCCCAACCUCAGUCUGAGGAUCUUCACCGCGCGCCUCUACUUCUGCGAGGACCGCAAGGCUGAGCCUGAGGGGCUGAGGCGGUUGCACCGCGCCGGGGUGCAAAUAGCCAUCAUGACCUUCAAAGAUUAUUUUUACUGCUGGAAUACUUUUGUAGAAAAUCGUGAAAGAACUUUCAAAGCCUGGGAAGGGUUGCAUGAAAAUUCAGUUCGUCUCUCCAGACAGCUUCGGCGCAUCCUUUUGCCCCUGUAUGAGGUUGAUGACUUACGAGACGCAUUUCGUACCUUGGGACUUUGAUAGCAACUUCCAGGAAUGUCACACACGAUGAAAUAUUUCUGCUGAAGACAGUGGAUAAAAAACAAUCCUUCAAGUCUUCUCUGUUUUUCUUCUUCAACUCUCAUUUUCUUAGAGUUUAGAGAAAAAAUAUUUAUAUACGACUCUUUAAAAAGAUCUAUGUCUUGAAAAUAGAGAAGGAACACAGGCCUGACCAGGGACAUGCU